AUGGUAUCGACCCGCGGGCCCAAGUUUAAAUUUUCCGACGGGGAGAAGGUUUUGUGUUAUGAGCCCGAUCCAACCAAAGCCAAAGUACUUUACGACUCCAAGGUACUUGAUGUUAUUGUAAAUAAAGAUCAGCGAGGGAGAAAGGCAGUGGAGUAUUUGAUUCACUUCCAGGGAUGGAACUCAUCUUGGGACCGCUGUGUCACGGAAGAGUAUGUUCUUAAAGACACAGAAGAAAAUCGGCAAUUACAAAGAGAUCUCGCCCAGAAAGCACAAUUACAAUUAGGAGCAUAUUUGUACAGAAGAGAGCGAAAAAAAAGAAGUCACAAGUAUUCUAGUUCCACAGAAGUAGGCACAGAAGCUAAGAGGAGAGCACAAAGCAGCGGCAGUAGGACAACUUCGGGAACUACUGGCUCUUCAGAAGACGGUAGCUCUGGACAACAAGAAGAUUAUGACACUGAAGAUAUUGUAUCUGAAGAAGAGAUGGAAAGCAGCUCAAAUUUCGAUGAAACUUCUGCAGACGAUAGCGGUGAUGGUAGUCAGUCAGGAGCCAGUGUUAGACCUGGAGUAGAUAUUGAAAUAGGGGCAACGUUAAAAAGACUUUUGGAACAAGAUUUUAAUCUAAUAGUGAACAAUAACAAGCUACAUGUUUUGCCAGCACAGCCAACAGUUGUAAAUAUUAUAGAAUCUUGGGUACAACAUUAUACAACAACUCAAUUAACAAACAUUCCUGAUAAACCACAAAGAAAUAAAGUACAAAACAAUUUAGAAAAAACAAUUAAUGAUAUUAACAUAUGCAGAGAAACUGCUGAUGGUCUACGAAUAUACUUUGAUCAUACGUUAGGUGAUUUGCUUUUGUACAAACAAGAAAAAGAACAGUAUUUGACGAUGAAAGAAGUGGCUGCGUCAUCAAACUCUGAUGACUCUGUCGUAAAAGAGGAAGCUGUUGAUCCUGAAUUAGUGAUAAAAGAAGAGGUCGAAGACCCAGAAUUUGCUCAUUUGCCACCAUUUCGGGAACAAGAGCCUGAUAAGACUGAAUCUGAAAAAACGGCGGUGCCUACGGUCUCAAAUACUCGACGAAAAUUACGCUCGUGUCGGCUAAAUUCAACCGAAGAGCCAAAAGCUCCGAGACCCGUUGAGGAAGUCAAACAGGAAACAGGCGGCAAUUUAUCAAGUUUGGCAAGUACGAGUUCAAGAUGUUCUAGUCCACGAGGUGUAACUUUAAGGAUGUCAAUGCCCGUAAUUAAUUCGGCUCAAAUCAAUUCACUGUUGGAAGAUUCCAAAAAGUGGCGGCUGAUGCCAGAAAGGGAGUUAAAAGUGUCGUCGCCGAAACCGUCAAUGGUGUAUGGAGCUAUCCACUUGGCUCGUUUAUUUGUCAAGUUGCCCGAAUUGCUUCAAAUGACAGACAUUUCUGAAAAAAAGUUGAAAGUUUUGUUGAAGAAUUUAGACAUGUUUUUAAGUUAUUUGGAAAAUCAUAGAGAAUGGUUUGGAGAGCAAUUUUACAUGCAAAGAACGUGCCAAUCAGAUGACACAACAACACAUCCAUGAUGGAUUUUUAGUAUUCAACUAUUUUUAUAUGAUUUAUACUGUGUAAUAAAUAUGUGAACAAAACAUUAAUUUUCAUAAAAUAUAUGUAUAUAUACUUUUAUUGUUGUUUCAUUUAUCGCACUUGUUGCAUCCUAUAAAUAAUUUUUUUUUAUCAUUCCUAUGCUUAACUAUUACUUUAUAAUGACAGCAUCUGCGUAAUCUAUAUGAUGAUAUUAAUUUCAGUUCACUAGAUUUGAUUAAUGUUACGAAGAUCUUAAAAAUACUCUUGCAAUUAAUUACAAAUAGUUUAUUUACAAACAACAACGACAAUAGUACGUUGUU